GUAGGCGCCGCCGCCUCGUCCCCGCCCGCCCGGGAACAGGGCUUUGGACGAGGAGUCCCUUUAGUCCCACCGAGUCACUCCGAGGCCCGCGAGGAACGUUUCUGGCUCCUGCAUGUUUUCGUGCUCGGUUUUUCUUUCCCGACCUACCCAGGAAACAUCCCUCUGCUGUACUGUGGGUAAUCCCUGCCCGGACUGCAGGUGGCUGGAGCGCCUGGCACGCCCUUAUCCCACCUGAGGUCACCCUGCCGUCCAGAAGCAGAGCGCUUGUCCCGCUCCCUUCGCUGCUAACGGGUUUUUGCCUUCUGCUCUCCUAAUUACAUUGGAGGGGGAGGGAAGGAGGGGAGGCGAGCGUUACCUCUAGAAAAGUCAAACGCAUUUUAGCUCCCAGUUUUACGUGGGCAGGUAUAUUAGAGGAGGAACCUGAGAAGGGUGAAAUGAUUCUCUUUUGCUUCCAACUUGUUAUUAAUAGUAAUCUGAUAAGAUUAUGGAAAGCAAUAUAAUUCAGGGCCUUUUUUCUAAAGACAGCCGUUCCACUAGCACGGGUGGCAAAGGACUUGGACAGCCAAGAUUUUUGCCCAAUAAACUUGUAUAUUUGCACCACGCUACAGCUAAUUGUUACUGGGUUUGAUUACAAAAUAAAACCACACUAAAUAAGCGUUUUGUCUGUGAGCUCAGGAAGAAGUGGUGGAAAUAGAGUAUGUGGAGAAAUACUUGGCGCCUCAGCCAGAGGAAUGCAUCUUCCACGAUGACUGGAUCAGUUCUGUUCAAGCCACUGAAGAAUGGAUAUUAACUGGCUGCUAUGACCAGACUGCUCGAAUCUGGUCUUUGGAAGGAAAAUCCAUUAUGACAAUAGCCGGGCAUACAGAAGUAGUGAAGGACGUGGCAUGGGUGAAACAAGACAGUCUAUCAUGCCUGUUACUCAGUGCUUCUAUGGACCAAACUAUCCUGCUAUGGGAGUGGAACGUGGAGAGAAACAAAGUGAAAGCCCUCCACUGCUGCAGAGGACAUGCUGGGAGCGUAGACUCCAUAGCAGUUGAUUGCACAAGAACUAAAUUCUGCAGUGGAUCUUGGGAUAAGAUGUUAAAGAUCUGGUCUGCAGUACCUACAGAUGAAGAGGAUGAAAUGGAAGAGGCAGCUAAUAGGCCACGGAAAAAGCAGAAAACUGAACAGCUGGGACUCACAAGGACACCCCUCACAACCCUCUCUGGCCACACAGAAGCCAUCUCUUCUGUGCUGUGGUCAGAUGCUGAAGAAAUUUGCAGUGCAUCAUGGGACCACACCAUCAAGCUGUGGGACGCUGAGACAGGAAGUCUCAAGUCAACUUUGACAGGAAACAAAGUAUUUAAUUCUGUCUCCUACUCCCCACUGUGUCGACGCCUAGCAUCUGGGAGCACUGACAGACAUAUUAGACUAUGGGAUCCUCGCAGCAAAGAUGGCUCCUUGGUUCUCCUGUCUCUGACUUCUCACACGGGCUGGGUGACAUCUGUGAAGUGGUCACCCACCCACGAGCAUCAGCUGAUUUCAGGCUCUCUGGACAACAUUGUGAAGCUUUGGGACACAAGGAGUUGCAAAGCUCCUCUGUACGACUUGGCUGCUCAUGAAGACAAGGUUUUGUGUGUGGACUGGACAGAAGCAGGGUUGCUACUGAGUGGCGGUGCAGACAACAAACUGUACUGCUACAAGUACCCGGCCAAACCCUCUGACGUUGGAGCAUGAAGGUCAACAGCCAGAAGACUUGUAAAAGAUUCUUUCCAGCAGUCCCUCUCUGUUGGCAUCCCUACACAACCUACAUCUGAAGACAACAGUUUUCUGUAGCUCAGAGAGCAGCGGUUUCUAUUUAUUUUUUGUAUUGGUAACCUAUAUCCGUAUUUAUAAUGGAGGAAGGGCAACAAGCAGCUUCAGACA